AUGGUAGCCAAGAAGAGAAAUACACUCAGACAGAAGUCUGCAGUAACUGCUUCUAAGAAACCCCAGGAAGUGCUGAAUGAUAUAGAGAUGGAUAUGGGGGAAGACCCCAAGGCUUUCCUUCACCAAUACAAGGAAUCAAAAAAGGAUAAAAAUUUGAGCAGACAACAGAUGUUUUUGGAUCAAAUCAAACAAAAAAAUGGCACGGAUCCAAGCUUUGCAGGAAUAUCAAAGAGUGCGAUGAGAAGGAGAAAAAGAAAAUUGAGAGAUGAUUUGAAGCCAAAGAUGGGGGAAUUAUUGACCUCGUUAGGCCAAGAAGAAGAUCUAAAGGAACAAUUUGAAGAUAAUUUCAAAGAGGAAGGUGUAGUAGAACCUGAACCACAGAAGAAGCGGAAGAACGAACCCAACAUCAGAAAUCAAAAAGGUGCCAAGGCUCUAUCGGUCCAGGAGAGUGAAAGGAUGAAACAGGUGUUAUCCAAUAGUUCAUUUCAACAAAAUACGUUUAGUGCCUUGAGGGAUGUAAUUAAAAUGCAGAAUCGUUAA